AUGGGUCCAUUGGUCAAUCAGAGGUACAUACAGAGGAUGGUGGGACAGCGUGUGAGGCUGAUAGGGAAGCUGGCCAGCCAGCCGAACCCCCAGAAUGGUAUGUUCAGUGUGAUGGCAUCAGACACCGGGGAGAUAACCUGCCGUCCUGAGCAGGGUUUCCUCUGUGUGCAAGGUCUGGCGGCUUCGGCCUCUCGAGGGGGAACAGAUAUCGUUGUCCAUGCUGUUGGUACUGUGAAUCCUGAUGGGAGUCUGUCGGUUGAGCAGCCACCGUGGGAGAUCGGCCACGACAUCAGUCUACCACUCCUCGACCAAGCCAUCGAACUCCAAUUCAGAGCUCCAUUUACCCAACUUUACGCUCCAGUGUCAGCUUGA